AUGGGGGAUUCCCCUUCAGUACAGGAUUCGUUAACCUCUAUGAAGGACGUAAAAGAGGGAUUAAAACGCUUAGAGCUUCUUCAAGCAUACCAAACAGAUGAUCUCGAAAAAGUUGAUCAAUUGUUGAGCAACAGUUCGUGUAAAGAAACUACCGACGCGUUUGUUCUCGGUAUUCAAUGUGCUUCUGGACCCAUGAUGAAACAUGUCCUUUUUGCAUUUAAUGUUGAUGUAAACGCGUAUGACAAAAAUGGAAAUACUCCCCUACAUUUAGCGGCAAUGUCUGGACGACAGGACAUCGUUGAGAUCCUCUUGCUGCACCCCGAUGUAAAUUAUAAUCUGCUGGACGGAAACAAAAAAAAGGCGUACCAGGUUGCCAAAACGAAACAACUGGCUGACUUUAUGAAAGGAUUUUAUGCAACAUACACUAAAGAAACCGCCAGAGAGUUCAAAACCGCAUUUAAAGAGGAUGAUUUGGAGACUAUGGAUUACUUGAUGCGUCACAAUCAGUUUAAUUCUGCAAUUGACUUAAACGAGAUUGAUGUGGAGACGGGGCAAACCUUUCUACACACGGCCGUCCGCAACAAAAAUGUUACGAUGAUUCAGUGGUUGUUGAAUCAUCAAGCUGAUCCCUACCGCCGCGACAAAUUUGGCAAACUUCCAAUUGACUAUGCCAAAGAUGAUCGGAUUCGUACUUUCUUCCGUGAACGUGGUGCAUCAAGCAGGCGUGCGGAUACAGCAACAGCUCCUCCCGUGAAACAUAUGAGCGGUUACUUAAAAAAGUGGACAAACUACAAGUCUGGCUACAAACUAAGGUGGUUCGUUCUCAAAAAUGGCGUCUUGUCAUAUUACAAGAAUCAAGACGAUACGAACAUUGCUUGCCGUGGUUCGGUGAACUUAAAGAUGGCCCGUAUCCAUCACGACCCCAAACAACCUUUGGUUUUCGAAGUGAUUGGAAAGGGAUCGAAACGCUACAAUGUAAAGGCUAAUUCACCCGUUGAAGCGCACAAGUGGAUUUGUGCCAUCUCCGCCGCCAUCCAGGCUGGGGAUCAAGCUGCUGACGAAACACGUUCUGUCGCUUCUUUCUCUACUCAGGCUACAGCACCAACAAGUAAAAUCGAAGCCACUUCAGAUCAGUCUUUUCGUGACGAUGAAUCAUUGGCGUAUUCUGAUGUCGAAAAUGACGAGGAGCCGCACAAAAGCGCUUUGACAUUUAACGCAAAUAUUGGUCGACUUCAGAUUGAAACAAUGAUCCGUCUCAUUGAAGCUUCUCUGAAGAACAAGAUUGUGUUGUCAGACGAAGAGCUCUCAGAAUCUAUGAAUGCGUUGAACAACUCAAUUCGGUUGCUUCAAUCUUCCUUUCAUGAUGUUCUUGUAAUGCACCGUGACCGCGAACGCUAUUUCCAACGUCGUCUCAACAAAGAGAAGACCGUCAACUCUUUGUGGGCUGAAAACUUAAAGAAGGUCGUUGAGGAGCAGGAUCAAAUAGAAGAACGCUAUCACAAAUCCGAGUCGGAACGAAAGCGUCUCAAGCAUCUCUUGCGUGAGCUUACUGAAGCCACUGAACACCGUGGUGAAGGCAGAAAGGACGAAAAAGCAAUCAGCAAAAUGGCGAUGGAAGAAAUCCACGCAGAAGAUGUAUCAUCUAGUGAAUCUGAGGAAGAGGACUUUGAAGGCCAAGCGAAGGACGUCUUUUUUGAUGCAAACGUUGCUGCGGAAUCUCAGGUAAUGGAGGCUGUCGCUAACGAAACACAACCUUCCAUCCCAACUGAAGCAGCACCUUCUGCUCAUAAACCUGCGGUUGCUGCGCCCGAGGAAGCAGUGGUUAAGGGCGUAAAGGAUCUUCGUGUUUUGGAGCCACCCGCAGCUGUAGUCCAUACCCCAAAAAGCGAUGUUACCAUUUCCUUCCACGGUUACGAGGGUCCUGUUCGUACGAACUUGAACCUUAAGGAUGACAGACCCAAGUUAAGCUUGUGGAACAUAUUAAAGAGCAUGAUUGGAAAGGAUAUGACAAAGAUGACAUUGCCCGUGAGUUUCAAUGAACCUACCAGCUUACUUCAGCGUGUAGCUGAAGACAUGGAGUACAGUGAGUUACUGAAUAUGGCUGCACUUUGCCCCGAUUCCUUACGUCGACUCGUGCUGGUUGGUGCAUUUGCGGCGAGUGAAUAUUCAAGUACCCUCCUUCGUGUCGCCAAACCUUUCAACCCACUUUUGGGUGAAACGUUCGAGUACUGCCGUCCCGAUCUCAAAUACCGGUUCAUUAUUGAACAAGUUUCGCACCACCCACCGAUCGGUGCUGCUUUUGUUGAGUCUGAUUAUUGGAGAUAUUACGGUGAGUCGAACGUCAAGUCUAAAUUCUACGGUAAGAGUUUCGACAUUCGUCCUCUCGGUACCUGGUAUCUUGAAUUGAAGAACCCUUCUGGACAGUUCGAAUUGUACACCUGGAAAAAGAUUACAUCUUCCGUUGUGGGUAUUGUUCUGGGAAGUCCUACUAUUGAUAAUUAUGGUUUGAUGGAGAUUAUUAAUCAUACCACAGGCGAAGUUUGCGUGAUGGACUUUAAGCCUCGUGGUUGGCGUGGUACGAACGCUUACGAAGUGAAGGGUACUGUACAAACCGCCGAUGACACCCCGGUUUAUACACUGGUUGGUCAUUGGAACGACAAACUUGUUGCACGGAAGCUGGAUAGUAACCAGUCCGAAGUCGUUUGGCAAGCCCACGACCGUCCUCCUCGUCCUUUCAACCUAACUCCGUUUGCCAUUUCACUAAAUGCAUUGCCGGAUUCGUUAAAGCCUUGGUUGGCGCCUACUGACACUCGGUUCCGUCCUGAUCAACGUGCCAUGGAGCUUGGUCAAUACGAUCUUGCUGCCACCGAAAAGAAUCGCCUUGAAGAAAAGCAGCGCUCAAAACGCAAAGCUCGUGAGGAAGGCACCCUCGCUGAGUGGAAGCCCCGCUGGUUCCAAUUGUCCGAACACCCUGUCACUCGCGAAGAUUAUUGGGAGUUCACUGGUGAAUAUUGGGACAUCCGUGAACAAGCUGGUCGGGCUCACCUAGCGGGCGAAGAGUUCCGCUGGCCUGAUAUCGACGAUGACAUUUUUUAG